CUCUCUUUUCUCUGCUAGGUGCAGCAUGUAUGUGAGCGUGUGUGAGCCAGCAGAGCCGCCUGUGUGUUUACAUGUCAGCCUAUCAGUGCUGCCGGAUUUAGCGCAUCUGGAGAGGACGAAGGCAUUUCUCAAAUGCCCCUUAGACGAGGGAUUCUCAUCUCUGCGUAUACUUCUGCUACCCGUCUUAAUCUAGCACGUCCCGAAUCCUUGCAUCCCCGACACCAUGCUUUUGGAGGCAUUUUGAAUUUCCUUGGCAACAUGGAGCUGCCUGAAUUAGAAUUCUCUGCAUGACAGUCCUGGUAAGCAGUAGGAUGGUGUCUGGAGAGGCAGGAGGGCACAGCUACUUGGUGGCAUGCUGGCAGCCCAUCCUGAUCCUGAUGCUGGGCACCGUCCUUUCAGGCUCCACCACUGGCUGCCCUUCAAAAUGUGACUGCAAUGGCCAGGAGCGUUCGGUUGUCUGUCAUCGAAGAAGGUUGGCAGGUCUUCCAGAGGGCAUCCCCACUGAAACAAGACUACUAGACCUCAGCAAAAACCGCCUGAAGACUGUGGGGCCUGAGGAGUUUAUCAAUUACCCUCUGCUGGAGGAGCUGCAGCUGAACGAAAACACUAUUUCAUCCAUUGAACCCGGGGCUUUUAGUAACCUAUUGAACCUUCGAACUUUAGGCUUGCGUAACAAUGAGCUAAAGCUCAUUCAGUUAGGGGUUUUCACAGGCCUGACCAACCUCACACAGUUGGAUAUAAGUGAGAACAAAAUUGUGAUUUUGCUCGAUUAUAUGUUCCAAGAGCUGUACAACCUGAGAGCUUUGGAAGUUGGAGACAACGACCUAGUCUUUAUUUCACCCCGAUCAUUUCAUGGUCUCAGCAAUCUUGAAAGCCUCACCAUUGAAGGGUAUAAACUGGGCUCAGUUCCAACUGAUGCCCUUAGCCAUGUUCACAACCUGCUAUCACUUCGAUUACGCUUUCUGAACAUCACUGACAUAAGGGACUUCUCUUUUAAAAGGCUGUAUCGACUAAGAGUACUGGAGAUUUCCCAUAUGCCUGCCUUGAAUACCAUGGCCUCACAAAGCUUGUACGGACUUAACCUCACAUCAUUGUCUAUCACAAGCUGUAAUCUUUCUGCCAUCCCCUAUGAAGCCAUGAGUCAUCUCAGAUAUCUACGAUUUUUGAAUCUAUCUUUCAAUCCUAUUCAUUCUGUCGAGGGGAACCGACUCUUCAGCCUACAAAAGCUCCAGGCAUUUCACUUGGCUGGUGGACAACUGGUGGCCAUUGAGCCUUACUCUUUCCGUGGACUCAACCAUCUUCGUAUUCUUAAUGUUUCAAGAAAUAGUUUGAGCACCCUCGAAGAGUCUGUUUUUCACUCAGUGGGAAACCUGGAGACUCUGGCUUUGUAUGAAAACCCUUUGGCUUGUGACUGCCGCUUGCUUUGGGUCUUCCGCCGGAGGUGGAGGCUUAACUUCAACAAACAACAGCCCAUUUGUGCUUCGCCUGAGAUUGUACAAGGAAAAGAGUUCAAAGAUUUCCCAGACGUACUGCCUCCUGACUACUUUAUCUGCCAGAAAUCAAAGAUUGUGGAUUACAAGGUUCUGGAAAGCCAUGUGGAUGAAGGAACUACUGUUCAUUUCACUUGUAAGGCUGAGGGUGAUCCAGCUCCAGUGAUAAUGUGGCUAUCCCCCAAAAAGGAGUACAUUACUACAAAGACUAUGGGGUCAAGACUUUCUGUAUCCUGGGAGGGUACACUGGAGGUGCGCUAUGCUCAAAUUCAGGACAAUGGCACCUACGUGUGCAUUGCCAGUAAUGCUGCUGGCAAUGACACCAAAGCUGCUCACCUUUUUGUACACAGCUACUCUCCGAAUUGGCCCCACCAGCCCAAUAAGACAUUUGCUUUUAUUUCUAACCAGCCAAGCGAUGAAGGCGCUAAUGUGACCAGAGCAACAGUUCCAUUUCCAUUUGAUGUAAAGACGCUUAUAGUGGCAACUACAAUGGGAUUCAUCUCAUUCCUUGGAGUGGUUCUCUUUUGUCUUGUAAUUUUAUUCCUCUGGAGUAGGGGAAAGGACAGCACCAAGUCAACCAUUGAAGUUGAAUAUGUGCCACGCAAAGAGGAAACAGAGGAGGCCAGUCCAACUGACGCACCUGUACAAUUCAACAUGAAAAUCAUGUGAACUCUGAUAGGAGGUCAUGUAAGCUUACAAACUGCAGUCAGGAUGCAUACUGUUCUUGUCUAAAAUAUGUAAUCAGUUUGUGAGCGAUAGCACAGCAGCAAAUGCAUCUAGAUACUAUACAUUUGACAUUUUUUUUACUUCAGGGACUGAAAAUUUAAAAGUAAAUGUUGAACAUUGGUUCAGAUUUCUGUACAUGUAUGUACUGUACAGUAUGUUAACAUGCACUUAAUUACAUGAUUUCUGCGUGGAACCAAAUAAGGAUUACAUAUGAGUAAAGCACAGUUUCAGUCUAUGACAAGCAGGUUACUACAGAGAAGAAGUUGACAGUUAUUUUAGGGAGUCUUUCUUUUGACAAAAAGAAGCAAAAUAAUGAUGGGAUAUUUUUCUGUUGGCCAUUUUUCCCUUUGAUAGUUCUUAAAAGCACAUACACCUGUUAUAUGAGCCCAUACUUUCUUGCCUGAAAUGCUGAGAUCAAAACAAUUUUCUUCUACUUCUGUUUAUUUUUCAGUCAGGGGAAAGUACAGCAAAAGUGCUGUCCUUUUAGGUUGUCAUAUUUCACAAAUGAUACAUGCACUUUUGAGAAAUAGACCCUGGAAUUACAGAAAAUACAAAAGAAGUAACGAAUAAUAAAGUAGUUGUGGUUUCAAAUGGUGUAAUAUCAUAUAAUGAACAAUUGUUGGAUUACAGACAGAGACAUCUGUCAACAGUGGCCUUUUUGAUAUUUCCCAAAAUCUUUCAAUGAAAAUUUAUCAGAUCUCUAUUAAAAGGGGAAUCAUUUGGCUUACCUGAGGAUGUUAAAAUGUCAAAGCGAGCAUGUUACCACACUGGAUAAGAAAAAAAGCCGGUUCCUACUCCUCUCUGCCAGCAAAGGAAGAUUGUCAUUAAAUGUAUUUCAAUGUUGUGAUAUACAUAUUUUUUCUGUAUUUUAUUCUUCCGUGUACAUUACGCUAUUGCAUAAUAAUAAUGCUUUUGAUAGCUGUGGGUUUUGAGCAUACUGCGAUCCAAAGAGCAGAUUAAAUAUUCAGUAAACAUGUUUUUGAUGUACUUAACUGAAACAGUGUUACUGCUUUUAGCACAUAACCACACCCUUGAAAAUAUUCUAAGUAAAAAUCUUUAAAAUACAACAAUGUUGAUUUGUUUA